AUGUCUUUACAGCGCUGGAAGUUUGAGAAUGCAGCCCCAGCAGCCGGCAAAGUUGCUCAUAACGGGGCGAAGAGGGCUGUAUUAGGAGAGCUCUCAAAUUUUCCCAACAAAAUGGCACAAGCCAAGAAGGUUCAAAGUGGGAAGCCUUCCGUGGUGUCAGCAGGUCAGCCAACUGCUGCGCAGUCAAAAGGUGCACCCGCGUUGCGUAAAGUCCGGUUUGCCUCCCCCAAAGCUGCAGCCGCCCCUAAAACUGUUGUACCCGAGGUCCCUGCUGCUGAUGUGUCAAUGAAGGAAGAGGAGCUGUGUCAGGCCUUCUCUGAUGCCUUGUUUCCCGUUGAAGACAUUGAUGAGGGUGAUGCAGAUAUGCCUCAGUUGUGCUCUGAAUAUGUGAAGGACAUCUAUGCCUACCUACAAACUCUUGAGAUGCAGCAGUCAGUCCGUCCAAAAUACAUGCAGGGAUACGAGAUAAAUGAACGCAUGCGUGCCCUCCUGGUUGACUGGCUUAUUCAGGUGCAUUCAAGAUUCCAGCUGCUUCAAGAAACCCUCUACAUGACCGUGGCCAUCCUAGACCGCUUUCUACAGGUUCAGCCAGUGUCUCGUGGGAAGCUGCAGCUGGUUGGAGUGACCGCCAUGGUUAUUGCCUCAAAAUAUGAGGAGAUGUAUGUCCCAGAGCUGGGCGAUUUUGUGUACAUCACAGACAACGCUUUCACUAAGGCCCAGAUUCGACAGAUGGAGAUGAUGAUGCUGAGGGAGUUGAACUUCGAGCUGGGACGACCUCUGCCCCUUCACUUUCUCAGGAGGGCCUCAAAGGCUGGAAAUGCUGAUGCUGAGAAGCAUACGCUAGCCAAGUAUUUUCUGGAACUUACUUUGAUGGACUAUGACAUGGUGCACUACCACCCAUCUGAAACAGCAGCCGCUGCCCUCUGCCUGGCUCAACUUGUGCUUGAUGGACAGAAAUGGACUCCAACACAGAAACACUACUCUACCUAUGACGAGGCCCACCUGAAGCCAAUAAUGCAGCAGCUGGCCAAAAAUGUAGUCCGAGUGAAUGAGGGACUGACCAAGCACAUGGCAGUGAAGAAUAAAUAUUCUAGCAGCAGGCUGAUGAGGAUCAGUCUCCUCCCUCAGCUGAAAUCUGCCCUCAUUAAGGAUAUGGCUGCCCCUCUACUGGCUAACUCCUGA